GCUAACCUCAUGGCCACAACUGCCUUUAGACCAUUAUAAAGGAUGGAGGUGCUGUGUUCCCGGUUGCGGGGGCUCGCGCAAGACUGUAUCGACAAACACCUCAACUUGUCUGCAAUUUUCUAUGCCGACAAACUGGUGACAUUCAGUAAUGGAGCUCCGGGAGAUGUUUAUCUGCUCGCUCAGGCCUACUACUCGGCCCGGCAGUACCACCGCGCGCUGAGCCUGCUGCGCUCCGCCGGCGUGCUGGAGCUGGGCGCUGAGUUUGUGUACCUGGCCGCCUGCUGCCUUGCUGAGGCGGGGCAGUGGGAGGAGGUGGUGGCGCUGCUGGGGGACGACGAGGCAGGGCAGGACCCGGCCGCGUACGAGGACCUGGUGGUGGAGCCCCCAGGUGGCGGCGCGGGCGUGCGGGUGCAGUCCGGCAUGGCGCUGCUGCGGGGCCGCGCCUUUGAGGCGCUGGACAACAGGCCCCGAGCCGCCGUGUGGUACCAGGCGGCACUGCAGCUGGACCCCUACUGCUGGGACGCCUUCGCGGCGCUCACGGACGGCCACCUGCUCAGCAACGAGGCCGAGGUGGCGCUGGUGGACAGCCUGUGUGGAGCAGGGGGAGGAGGGGCGGGAGGAGGGUGGGGAGGAGGAGGAGCAGGGGGAGCCAGUGGCGGUGGGGGCGUGGGCGGCGGCGAGGGGCCCGCAGGUGGCGGUGGGCGGCUGGCGGAGGGCGACCGCUGGCUGGCGCUGUUGAUGCGGGCCAAGUGCAAGAAGUACCUGCACCCGGAGGCGGUGGAGGCGGCCCUGCGCGAGCUGGAGGCGCCCGCCCCCGCCCCCGGCCCAGCAGCAGCAGCAGCAGCAGCAGCAGCAGCAGACAUGGAGGGGGAGGAGGGCGGCGACGCCGCAUCCGAGCCGCCCACACCCAGCCCAGGCGCCGACAGCAUGCAGGGAGCCUACCCCGCAGGCGGCGACUUCGGCCACGGCCACGGCCACGGCCACGGCUCGGGUGCGGGCGCGGGCGGCUUGGGCCCCCUGCCGGUUCCGUACAUGACUCCGCCGCGCGGCUUGUCCAGCAGUGGCGGCGGCAGCGGCAGCGGUGGCGGCGGCAUGGGGGUUAGUGGCGGUGGUGGUGGGGAUGAGAGCGGCAGCAACACAGCUACGCCCGGCACUGCGGCUGCCGGCACGCCGGGGACGCCGACGGCGGGGGCGGGCGGGCAGCAGCAGGGGCGGCGCGGCGGCCGCAGCGGGAGUGCGCGGCGCGGCGCGCGCGGCUCCCAGGCUACCGCUGCUGCCGCGGCGGCGGCGGCAGCCACUCCCACUGCCAUGGGCGGGGGCAGCGGCGAUGAAGGCAUGGACGACGUCACGCCGCCACACGCACACCAACCCCACCAGCACCCACACCCUCACCAGCACCCACACGCGCGCGCCUCUGCGGCUCUGUCGCCGCCGCGCCACCACCCACACCCCGCGCACCAGAUGCAACCCUACGGCGAGCUGACGCCCGUGGCCCCGGGCCACCACCACCCGCAACCCCACCACCAGCAGCAGCAGUACACGCCCGGCACUGGCCCCGGCGGCUGCAGCAGCACACCAGGUGACAGUCACGGCUACAGCCACGGUGGCUACAGCCAAGGCGGGGGCGGCGGCUACAGCCAAGGGGGCGGGGGCGGCUACGGCUGUGGUCUGGGCGGCAACCUGGACGUCAUGGCGUGUCGGGCGGAGCUCAUGUUCCACCGUGGUGACUAUGAGGGUGCCUACGCGCUCACCCGCUCCGUGCUGUGUGGCGGCCGCGACCCCUACGCCCUGCAGCUGCUGCCCACACACAUCGCAGCGGCCACACAGCUGGCGGGCGCGGCCGGGGGCGGCGGCGGCGGCGGCGGGCUGGGCGGUGGCAGUGAGCCGCGCACCGACCUGUUCCUGCUGGGGCACCGCCUGACGGAGGAGCACCCAGACCUGGCGGUGUCCUGGUACGCUGUGGGUGCCUACUACCUGGCUGCCCGCCAGCCCGAGGCCGCCCGCCGCCACCUGGCCCGAGCCACAGCGCUGCAGCGCGGCUUCGCGCCCGCCUGGCUGGCAUACGGACACGCGUUCAGCGCGCAGGACGAGAGGGACCAGGCCAUGUCCGCCUACCGCACCGCCGCCCGGCUGUUCCCGGGGCUGCACACGCCGCACCUGGGGCUGGGCGCCGAGUACUGCGCCUCAGCCAACCUGCCGCUGGCGGAGAGGGCGCUGCUGGCGGCCUACGACAUCUGCCCUGACGACCCGGCUGUGUGCCACGAGCUGGGCGUGCUCAUGUACAAGUGCGGCCAGGCGGGCGCCGCGGCCAUGUGGCUGGACAGGGCGCUGCAGCUGCUGCCGGGAGGAGGAGCGGGGGGAGGAGGAGGGGGGCGGCCCAGCGUGUACUGGGAGCCCACGCUGGUGGCUCUGGGCCACUGCCUGCGCAAGCUGGGCAGGUACGCCGCCGCCGCGGACGCCUACCGGCAGGCACUGGCACUGGCGCCCGCCUCGCCCGGCACCCUGGCGGCACUGGGGUACACGGCGCAGCUGGCGGGGGAGCCCAAGCUGGCGGUGGACCACUACCACGCCGCACUGGCGCUGCGGCCGGACGACCCCUUCACAGCCGACAUGCUGCGCCUGGCGCUGCAGGAGUAUGCGGAGCAGGCGGCGGCGGAGGAAGAGGAGGUGGCGGCCGCAGCGGCUGCAGCGGCUGCAGCGGCUGCAGCAGCUGGGGCAGGCGGGGCGGGCGCAGCAGCUGCAGGUGGCGUUCAUGCGUGAGGCGCCGUGAGUGAUUGUGGUGGUGGCGGGGGUGGAUGGCCAGGUGGAUGGUGGCCUGGUGGGUGACCCCUGUGGUGGCGGGCGUCACAGGCCCUGGGAGGCGGUGCGGUGUGCUGGCAGCUGCAGCUGCAGCGGUGUGUGAAGGCACACGUGUACCGGGCUAUCGGGGCAGUGAUGGAGCCCGUGUUGAGCUGUGUGAAAGAGAUGGCGGUAGACAGGAGGCCGGGGGGGGGGCGUUUGCGAGGCUGUCUCGAUGCUCGAUUGCGGAUUGUAGAGAAAGACGCAGGCGUGUGCGAUGGGAAAGGGUUUAGGCAGGUUGGCGAGGUCCCGUAGGGUGCAGCUGACGCCCAUACCCCACGCAGACGGCAAACAAUUUGCAGCGGCAGCGCAGAAGUGCAUGGCUGGUCGAACGCCGGAGUUACUGAACUGUAUGUGACGCAUCCUGA